GCGACUCGCGUCUGGGCACGUAGGCACGGGUGUGCAGUGAUCACUCCCACUGCAACCCAGGUCCUUAUCAGCAGCAUUCAUAGAUCUCUAGUGGCCCGGAGGUGGGGGUGGAGGAGCUGGAGGAGCGGGACCAUUGGGUGCAUCCCGCCUCCCUGUGAGGGUGGAGGUGGGGAUCUAAGAAGAUUGGCACCCCCAUGCGCCCCUCCUCCCAGCAGCUCUCCACUCCAGCACAGUCCUAGAAGGAGACACAGGCCGGUGGCUACCUGCCAAGUCAGGCUUGGGCGGUGAGGGAGGAGGGGCAGGGGCCCCGGGAGGUGGCCUUUGCGAUACCGGGGCCACUCCCGCAGACUCUGGCCGUGCGGGCGCGAGCUGGCUGUACAAAAGGCACCCGUGGGGCAGGGCGAGCCUGCGGCGUGAGGUGGGCCCCAGACCCCCCACCUGUUGCGGGGCGAGGCGGGCUGCGGAGAUGGGCCGCUACUCCGGCAAGACGUGCCGGCUGCUGUUCAUGCUGGUACUCACCGUGGCCUUCUUCGUGGCGGAGCUGGUGUCCGGGUACCUGGGCAACUCCAUCGCGCUGCUCUCGGACUCCUUCAACAUGCUGUCUGACCUGAUCUCGCUGUGCGUGGGCCUGGGCUCCGGCUACAUCGCACGGCGUGCUUCCCGCGGCUCGGGCGCCACCUACGGCUAUGCUCGGGCCGAGGUGGUGGGCGCGCUCAGCAACGCUGUCUUCCUCACCGCACUCUGCUUCACCAUCUUUGUGGAGGCCGUUCUGCGCCUCGCGCGGCCCGAGCGCAUCGACGACCCGGAGCUGGUUCUCAUCGUGGGCACUCUGGGGCUGGCGGUCAACGUGGUAGGGCUGCUCAUCUUCCAGGACUGUAGCUCCUGCUUCGCAGGAUGCGCGCGGGGCCACCGGACCCGCCCUCCGCAGCCGCCACACCCGGGGGGCCCUUGUGGCGCUCUGGGCAAUCCCCAAGGGUCUGUGGCAGCUACAGCCCCCAGCUCAGAUGCAGUAGUGACUCUCCGGGGGGCCUCGGCCGGAAGAAAGCUGCAGGAGGGCGCAAUCGUGUUCUCAAAUGUAGCAGGUGAUUCUCUGAACACCCAGAAUGAACCAGAAGAGAUAACGAAAAAAGAGAAAAAGUCUGAAGCACUGAAUAUCAGAGGUGUUCUCUUGCAUGUGAUGGGAGAUGCCUUAGGGUCCGUGAUUGUGGUCAUCACGGCCAUCAUAUUCUAUGUUCAUCCCCUGAGACGUGAAGACCCGUGUAACUGGCAAUGCUACAUUGACCCCAGUUUGACUGUUGUCAUGGUCAUCAUCAUUUUGUCAUCUGCCUUUCCACUGAUCAAGGAGACUGCUGUCAUCCUGCUGCAGAUGGUCCCCAAGGGAGUUGACAUGGAAGAGCUGAUGAGCAAGCUCUCUAGUGUGCCUGGAAUCAGCAGCGUGCAUGAAGUGCACAUCUGGGAACUGAUAAGUGGGAAGAUCAUCGCAACCUUGCAUAUCAAGUACCAGAAGGACACAGGGUACCAGGAUGCCAGCAGAAAAAUCCGAGAAAUCUUCCAUCAUGCUGGAAUCCACAAUGUGACCAUCCAGUUCGAAGCAGUGGACUUGAAGGAAACCCUGGAGCAGAAGGACUUCUUGCUGACCUGCAGUGCCCCCUGUGUCUCCCAGGGCUGUGCUAAGAAGCUGUGCUGUCCCCCAGGGACACUGCCACUGGCUCUCAUCAAUGGUUGCGCCGAACACAACGGUGGGCCCUGUCUGGAGACCUACCGAAGCACAACGGAUGCCCAGGAAGUGGCCAUUGAUAUGGCCUUGGAUGGCUGUCCAAGGGAGCAGGGACAGACUCUUAGUAAGACUCAAGAGGGACAACAUUGUGAAAACAGUACUCAUUUUUAGUGGGUUCCCACACAAAAUCAGACUGUCUAGACAGGUACUUUGGGACACCGGCUCUGCUUGUGGAAAGAGCUUUGUGGGCGUGUUUGCCGACAGUAGGGGUCAGAUGUUUGGGAUGUGAGUGGAACAAGCCUGCUGAUUUUCAAGUGGUGGGUCA